AUGUAAGCCGUCGAUCGGGGCGUAAGGUGACCUUGCAGGACCAUCUACAGAGAAUUCUUUCACUUUCUAUAUGACGGCGCAACUUAUGUCUUGUGGCCGUGCGCUGAAGCUCAAAUACUACCUCCUCGCUGACGAAAACGCCUCGGCCUAUCGCCGGUAGGCAUGUAAUAAGUAGCCGUAAGUCGUUGCGUGCAACUGGUGUGCGUCGACACUUGGAUGCUCUUGACGCUAGACUGUGCCUGGCUGUGAAACCAUACGUGAGGUGCCUAGAGAAUUGCCAAUUUGGUUGUUAAUUCGGGUGUUGUGACGCAACCAUGUUUUUGCAGCUGCGCCUGUCCUGUGGUGCCAACGUGUUUCUCCGUUUAGCUGUUUUAGCCGCUGAAGACCUCAACAAUAAGCUGGGCAUCAUUUCAGCCUGCCUUAGCUGCACACGAGCCAGCAUGGCGAGCACCAAGUUGCCGGCUCGUCAUGGAGCAGUUCAAUGUGGCCGUCCACGUGUAACAGGGAGGGAAUAUUGGGGGCUGUUGUGGCGCUGCGCAGCCUCGAUGCCGCUUGUUUCAAAGCACGCGGUCGGCGUGGUGCACCGCCCGGUCAACCUUGAGAUUAUUGUCUGCUUCGCCCAUGCCCCCAGGGUCCUCCUCCCAAUAACAACGACAACGUUAUCAUGGCGGCUGCGGCUGUGCACAAUGGUCCGGCAGACCCCACCGAGAACUAUACCGCUGGGGAGCUACAAUGGAAAUAUUCGGUUUCCUCAGUCGUGAAAGCAAGAGCGGGAAAAAGGCCAUUGCUGUGUGUUUUACGCUGGGCGGAGGACAUGGAUGGCUGUCUCGGAAGGGAAAUAAUUG